GGCCCCCGAAACCUCCGAAGGCCGCUCGGCUUUUUCCGCCGCCCCUCCCCGAAACCUAACGGCUCCAUUUUGUUUCCAUUCACUUCUCCGCAGACGGAACAGACGCACGUAGCCCAAGGACUUCGCCAAGCAACACAGCACAACCUGAAGACAUAAAAUGAGUGGAUGUCGUAUUUUCAUCGGUCGCCUGAGCCCCUCGGCCCGAGAGAAGGACGUGGAGAGGUUCUUCAAAGGAUACGGCCGCAUCCGGGACAUAGAUCUCAAGAGAGGCUUCGGCUUCGUGGAGUUUGAUGACCCCAGGGACGCUGAAGAUGCAGUGUAUGAGCUUGAUGGCAAAGAACUCUGCAACGAAAGGGUGACCAUUGAGCAUGCCCGUGUGCGUCUGCGUGGAGGUCGGGGCAGAGGCAGCAGUACCGGAGGUCGGUUCUCAUCAGACCGUUACGGCCGAGGGUCCCAGAGCAGCCGGAGAAAUCCUCCCCCUAUGCGCACAGAAAACCGACUGAUCGUGGAGAACUUGUCGUCCCGCGUGAGCUGGCAGGACUUGAAAGAUUACAUGAGACAAGCCGGGGAGGUGACUUUUGCAGACGCACACCGGCCAAAGCUUAACGAAGGGGUGGUUGAGUUUGCCUCUUACAGCGAUCUGAAAAAUGCCCUGGAAAAGCUGUCCGGGAAGGAAAUCAAUGGCAGGAAAAUCAAGCUCAUCGAAGCUAACAAAGCAAAGAGGUCCAGGAGCCGCUCCCGGUCGGAGAGCUCGUCGCGCUCCCGUUCUCGCUCCCGGGGCCGGUCGGCGUCCCGCUCCCCCCGCCGCUCCCUCCCCCGCAGCCCCGCCCCCAAAGCCCGCUCCCCACGCUCCCGCAGCGCCUCCCCCGCCCCCCGAGACUCCUCCCGCACGCCCCCUCCCUCCAAGUCCAAAUCCUCCUCGUCUUCGUCCUCCACCAAACGGCAGGCCAAGACCUCCAAGUCCAGCCCGCCCCCGUCCCCUCCCCCGGCCCAGAAAGCCUCCCGGUCUCGCUCCCGGUCCAGAUCCAGGUCAAGGUCCCGCUCCAGAUCCCGCUCCCUGUCCACCGAUAGUCAGCGCUAAAGCACAUUUUUCACUUCACGUUUUGAUGUGUAGAGUCGACGAAAUCCGUGAAGCCGAGCGGACGUUUGAGCUUCUGGUGGGUUUUUCCUGUCUGGAUUUUGCAUGUUUUAGUACACAGACUCUUGAUGGACGGGAGAGGAAAUAUCGCGUCA